GCCCAUUGGGCCCAGCUGGGGCCAGUAUAAAAGAGGCACAGAGGAGUGGGAGGGAACCUGGAGACCCUGAGGCCAUAAGGGAAGCUGAGGCACAUACACAGGUGCGGGUACCCAUGGCAGGCUGGGCCUUAUGCAUGACCCUGGUGCUGGCAGUGCUGGCAGAGGCAGUGGGCGAGAGUCGCUAUGAUAAAUUCCUGCGGCAGCAUGUGGACCACCCCCAGACAUCCGUGCUUGCAGCGCACCGCUACUGCGAGACCAUGCUGGCACGCCGGCGGGUGACGGCCCCGGGACGGGCCUGCAAGCCCUCCAACACCUUCGUGCACGCACCGGCCGAGGAGCUGGUGGCUGCCUGCACCCAAACACCUGACGAAGCGGGGUUCCACAGCACCCCGACAGCCAUGGGCCUCACAGCCUGCCGCCUGCGGGGGCGGGACACUCGGCCCCCUUGCACCUACCGGGCCCGGCAGCUCCAGCACCAUGUGCGUGUUGCCUGCGUUAAUGGGCUGCCCGUGCACCUCGCUGGCACCCACGCACCCACCCAGUGAGGCUUGACGUAGGGGGGCUGUAGGUGGGGACAUGGAUUCUUCUUCCCACUGGGGGCUCUGUUGGGGCCUGCAAUAAAGGAGUGCCACAGGCCUGGGUUCUGA